AUGUUGGUUGAUUUUGAUUUGACAGAGAAUACAUGGCUUAAUAAAUUGUUUGAUAUUCGUGAGAAAUGGAUUCCCGUAUAUAAUAGGGGUACCUUCUUUGCUGGAAUGAAUUCAACACAAAGAAGCGAAAGUAUAAAUUCUUUCUUUGAUGGUUAUGUGAACUCUAGAACUUCAUUACGCGAGUUUGUGGAAAGUUGUGAUCAAGCAUUAGAAAGAAUGUAUGUAAGAGAACGACAGGAAGACUACAAGUCUAUCCAUAUGAAGCGUGUAUUUAUUUCUCAUGAUUUAUUGGUUAAGCAUGCAUCAGAAAUCUAUACUCGUGGUGUUUUUAAUAAGGUGCAAGAAGAUUUCACCACUACUUUAAAGUACCGGUCACACAUACUUGAUAUUGAUGGUGAUGAACACAUUUACAGAGUCUGCUGGAACGUGGGGAAAAGUAUUCCGGUUCUAUGUUAUAGUCCACCUCAUUUUAUAAUGGAAAGAUGGACAAAAAGAGCAAAUACAUCUGAAUUUUUUGGAUCUGAUGAUUUGGUUAUGAAAGAUGAUAAAAUUGGGAUGGAAGCCAUGCGGAUUAGUCAUUAUUGUCAACUAUUGACAGAGCUAGAUUAUAUGGUGGGUAAAUCUUCAAAAGCUUAUAAAGUGGCAAUGGGUUUCCUUAAUCAAGCAUUUGAGAAAGUUAGGAAAAUUGAAAUGGUUGAAGUUGGACAAGAACACGGGAAAAACAUGAAAGAAGAGUUAUGUGUUAAUGUAGAACCAUUAAUUGUUGAUAAGUCAUCUACCAUCAUUGAACUAUUAGCCAAUGAUGAGUCAUGUGCUAGUUCUCCUGCAAAGAAGAAUUUAGGCAACCCACGCAUUUCCAAACUAAAGGUAGGAAAUCUGAUAAAGAUAAGGCAGCUACUGAAGGCAACUCCCGAAUUAAGAGUGGGAGUUGAUGUACAUGGGCUUACAUUUGGCGUACUUUGGAAGGAAAAAAAUGCAUCAGUGAAUGGUUAUGUGCUAGAGGGAUUUUAUUAUCAGUGA